AUGCCAUCGAAGUUCUCCGAACACCCUUCGCCACGAUGCCCCGAGGUUCCCGUUGGACAAGGACAAGUUGGCCACGAUCUGGAAGCGGACGGAGCUGAAGAAUCGCAGCACCGAGCUGGAGCGGCGGGAGUGGAUCAAGACGACAGCGAUCCCAGCCUUGGCACAGACUCCGCUGCUUGGGGGCUGUCCGCCAUCCUUCUUCCACAGCUUGGCCGUGCUCCUCAAGGAGCAAACCUACAAGCCCGACUCCUUGAUCGUGAAAUGCGGCGGCGGGCUCGGACUGACCGUCCUCCACUGCGAAUUUGCGGAUUCGCGACUGCAUCCGCGAAAUGGGGCCCGUAUAAGACUGUCUGA